AUGAUUUCGUCAACAACGUGGGUGCCGCGUGGAUUUCCGUCUGAGUUUCCAGAAAAGUACGAACUUGAUGAUGAGGAAAUGGAAAGAAUCAACCAACUGGCGCAGCUCAACCUGGACGAUGCCAGGGAAGGUGAAGACGCCGAUCUUGCUGAGGACGAUGUCGAGAUCCAAGCUACUUCAAAAAACUCGCAACUGAGCUCGCAGGCUGAAGCUGACGAUGACUUGAAGGAGUAUGACCUGGAACACUACGAUGACGACGAGGACUUGGGAGAAGGAACUGAGGCGUCAAUGUUUCCCGGGUUAUCUGAGGAGGUCAAGUUCCACCAAGCCGAGAACGGCGAAGAUGCUUACAUGUCACUGCCCACCGAUCAGGAUAACCAGGAGGCCAAGCAGGAGCUGCAGGUGUACCCCACGGAUAACAUGGUACUGGCCACCAGAACAGAGGACGAUAUUUCAUAUUUGGACGUGUACGUCUACGACGAUGGUGCAGGGUUCCACGAUGCAGAAGUCGCCACGGAGGCUGCAGACGAGUUGGACCCAGAUGUAGCUCGCGGAAUGGUUCGGGACGGUUCCCUGUAUGUCCACCACGAUCUAAUGCUACCGGCUUUUCCAUUGUGUGUGGAGUGGCUAAAUUACCGACCAGGCUCCAAUUCGGACGACCCAGCGAAUUUCGCUGCCGUUGGUAGUUUUGAUCCUCAAAUUGAAAUCUGGAACUUGGAUUGUGUGGAGAAAGCCUUUCCAGACAUGAUUCUCGGCGAUCCACAAGCACUUUCCAACGCUGGCACAGGAAAGAGCAAGAAGAACAAAAAGAACAAGAACAAGCAUGUCACAACCCACCAUACAGACGCAGUUCUCUCGUUGGCGCAGAGUAAACUUUUCCGUCCGGUUUUGGCGUCCACUUCCGCAGAUCAUACCGUGAAAUUGUGGGAUUUGAACGAGGGUACCGCCGCUCGCUCCAUUGCAUCUAUUCAUUCCAAUAAAAAUGUUUCAUCGUGUCAGUGGCACAGUACCAGCGGCUCGGUUCUUCUUACCGGUGGUUAUGACUCUCGCGCUGCAUUGUCGGACGUUAGAAUUGCCGAAGACUCUAAAAUGAGCAAGUACUGGUCGGUUAUGUCGGGUGAAGAGAUCGAAUGCGUACAGUUCGCCGAUGAAAAUACCUUUAUGUGCGGUACCGAUUCGGGCAACGUCUACUCCUUCGACAUCAGACGAGGCGAGAAGAGCUCUCCAUUGUGGACUUUGAAUGCUCACGACGCAGGUAUAUCUACUCUUAACGUCAACCCCUUCAUUCCUAACCUGCUUGCCACAGGGGCCAUGGGCGAGCAAGCGGUCAAACUAUGGAAGUGCGGUGAAUCUGGCCCAAGCAUGGUUCUGUCCAGAGAUUUCGGUGUGGGCAACGUUUUGACGACAUCUUUUGCUCCAGACCUGGAGAUAGCAGGAAACAUGGUCAUCGGUGGUGUUGGAAAAGGCCUAAAAUUAUGGGAUGUGUUCACAAACAGAUCCGUUCGUAAGAAUUUCGGGAAAGAGCUUCAAUCGGUGCAGAGACAGGCCAGAGAAGAAGCGCAAAAGGUAGGAAGGGCUUCACGGAUCGCCAGAAAGUACACGAAGAACGACAACCCCGAUACCGUCGUUUCUGUUGACGAUCAAGGCGAAGACGAAGAAGAGAAUGAUGGUCAGGGGGCCCAAGAUGAAUGGGAGGACGAAGAAUAG